CUGCGGGAAGGGCAGCUUACGGUUUCAGAAUUAUGCUCGUCCUGUUUGGCUAUCGCUGAUAAAUAUAAUGCUUUCGUUUACAACACCGACCAGAAUAUUAUAACUGAACAAAUAAAAGCAUCGGAAGAGAGACUAAGAAAAGGCCAACCAUUAGGUCCACUGGAUGGAAUUCCCUUUGCUGUCAAAGAUAACUUUAGUACGAAAGGUAUAAAAACGACAUGUGCAUCGCGAACGCUUUUCGAAUAUGUCCCACCACUUAAUGCUACGGUUGUGCAGCGAUUACUUGAUCAAGGGGGAAUACUAAUUGGCAAAACAAACUUAGAUGAAUUUGCUAUGGGAACCGCUAAUGCUAUAAGCGAAUUCGGACCUGCCUUAAAUCCUUGGCCUUUAGAAGAUAGCACUGAUAAGAGCCAGAGAUAUUUAGCUGGUGGAAGCUCUGGUGGAAGCGCUGCAGCCGUCGCUGCAGGCAUGUCAUUAGUGGCCCUGGGAUCUGAUACCGGAGGGUCGGUUCGUUUACCGGCUGCUUGGUGUGGGUUGGCAGGCUUAAAACCUACUUACGGUCGAUUAUCUAGGUAUGGGCUUAUUCCUUUAGCAAGCUCUUUUGAUGCCCCUGGAAUUGUUGCUAGAAGCGUACAGGAUAUAAAAUUGGUAUAUGAAAUUGUAGCUGGCCAUGAUCCCAAGGAUGCAACAUCGAGUCGAAGGCCUAUUAAGUGUCAAGAUCAUCAAUUGGAAGAGUCCGCAAAUGUCGCGGAUAAGCCACUAUCUAUGUUUACUAUUGGUAUAGCAAAGGAACAUCACAUUGCGGAAUUAGACAAGGAGAUAUUAGAAAGUUGGUCGGAAACGACCGAAAUGUUGGAAUCAUUGGGAGCAAGAAUUGUUCAAAUUUCCUUACCACACUCUUAUUUGGUCAUGCCGUGUUACAUCGUAUUGACAUCUGUUGAAGUUUCUUCAAACAUGGCACGUUACGAUGGGUUACAAUAUGGUUAUAGAAGUGCUAACGGUGAAACUACGGACGAAGUUUAUGGUCAAAGCCGCGAAGAAGGUUUUGGCCCUGCGGUUAGGAGAAGGAUUCUUGCUGGCACUUAUUUUUCCUUAAGGAGUAACCGUGGCCGUUAUUUGGAACAAGCGCAAAAAGUUCGCCGUUUAAUAUUGAAUGAUUAUAAGAAUGCGUUUGGCAAUGGAAUUGACAUGAUUUUAAGUCCUUCCGUUUUAACUGUCGCUGACGCUGUUAGGCCUUAUGAAGAGCAAAAUAUUGUGGAGAGUCUUCAUCAUGAUUUCUAUCUUGCAGGAGCGAAUUUAGCAGGUAUACCGUCUCUAGUUAUUCCGACUAAGACGGCAAAGAAAGGAUUGCCAAUAUCUAUGUCAUUGGUGGCGCCAUCUUUCCGAGAAAAUAGACUAUUUGAUGUAGGUUGCAUACUCGAAAAUGAGUUAGGAUUUAUUUCCUCGUAA